UUCUUGCUUUUCUGUAUUUAAGGACUCUCUCUGACACGACAACUUUCUCAUUAUUGAUCUUCUUCUUUCUUCUUCGUUUAAGAAACAUCAAACAAACCCAAAACUUCUAGUAAGGACUCUUCCGAGAUAGAUAUAUAGAUGGCUGUGGGAAUUCUUGAGGUUAACCUGAUCAGUGGCAAAGGUCUCAAACGAUCUGAUUUUCUUGGUAAGAUAGAUCCUUAUGUUGAGAUCCAAUACAAAGGACAAACUCGCAAAAGCAGCGUUGUAAAAGAUGGAGGUAGGAACCCGACAUGGAAUGAGAAACUGAAAUGGAGAGUAGAAUUUCCUGGCUCCGGCACCGACUACAAACUCAUCUUCAAAGUCAUGGACCAUGAUACUUUCUCCGCCGACGAUUUUAUCGGUGAAGCUACGGUAUACGUGAAAGAGCUACUUCAAAUGGGAGUAGAGAACGGCAAGAUGGAGCUAAGACCGACCAAGUACAACGUUGUUGACUCUGAUCUGUCCUUUGUCGGAGAGAUUAACAUUGGACUUUCUUACUCUGUUCUGCAAGAAAAGGUAAUGGAAGGAGAAGAGUUUGGUGGUUGGAAGCAUAGCCAGUUUUAAUAAGUCUCAUUUCAUCUAUUGUUUGAAGUAUCCAUAUUCGUGUAUUGUAUCUCAUUGUAUUUAUAAUUAUUAUUUUACAAACAUGUAUCAAAAUAAAAUGUUAUAAAAGCGUUUGGUGACAUAUUAAAUUCA